UCUCCCUGGGAAGCGCGAACCUGGACCGCCCGGCGGAUCCCCGCCCGCCACCCACUCCACUUUCUCUUCCUCCUCUUCCUCCUUCUCCUCCUCCCGCGGCCUCGCCGCCCGCCGCCAGGCUCCCCGGCCGCCGCCCGCGGCUUUGUUUUCCUCCAGGUUCCGUGCCCACACGUGACACCGUUAGUGCAAAGAGCGCUCGCAGCGCGAGCGUGGGGCGCGCGCCCCUAUAAAUACGGACACCGGGCCCGCGGCCGAAGAGCGCGGGGGCAGGGAGCGGCGGGACCGACCGGCCGACCGGGGCCCGCGGGCCGGCAGCCAGCAGCCAGCAGCCAGCAGCCGAGGAGCCGGGGAGCCGCGCGUGGGCCGGGGCGGUGGCGUCCCCGCUCGGACGCCGAGGGGCCAGCAUGGCCCGCCCGCGGGGGGGCCGGUCCGCCGCGCACGCCGCCCGCGCCCCGCACCCUGCCCAGCCCGGGCCGCCGGCGCUCGCGCCCGCCGCUUAGCACUGGGCGCCGCGGAAAUAUCGCCGCCUUUGGACACCAUGGCGGCGGCCGCCACCCCCGGCCCCGCCGCCUGCAGCACCGACGCCUCGGGCACCAGCGGAGCGCCGCCGCCGCAGCCCCAGCCCCCGCCCGCCGCCGCCGCCGCGCCGGCCCAGCCGCCGGAGCCCAGGAAGCCGCGCGUGGACCCGCGGCGCCGCCGGGCUGCCCUUUCCUUCCUCACCAGCAUCUCGCUGGACGGGCGGCCGCCGCUGCAGGACGAGGAGGGCGGCGGCAGCGAGGACCGCGGCGCGAGGACCCGGCUCAGCCCGCUCGCCGCGGCGGGCACGGCGUUGCCGGAGGCCGGACCGGGGCCCUGCUUCCCCCAGCCCUCCCCGCCGCCGCCGCCCCCGGCCCCCGGCGGCCACGCCGCGCUGCCCGGCCUCGCCGCCUGCGCGCCGCCGCCCGACGGGCCGGAGGAACUGGAGGAGGACGACGCCUUCGCCGGCGCGCAGGGGCCCGCGGCUGCCUUCCUGGGCCCCGCGACCCCCGGGGGCGGCAGCGGCAGCGGCAGCCGGGGCCGUCUCGGCUCGUUCUCUCCGGGGAUCCUGCCCAUCGCCUUCGCCAGGCAGACCUCGCAGACCCUCUGCGCCCUGGAGGGCCCGGUCUGCGGCGCCGGCGCCCUGGAGCAGCUGCAGAGGUCCCGACGCCGGCUCCUCUCCCAGAGGUCCUCGCUGGAGACGCUGGAAGACAUUGAGGAGAACGCGCCCCUGCGGAGAUGUCGAACUCUCUCCGGUUCGCCCAGACCAAAGACCUUUAAGAAGAUCCAUUUCAUCAAGAACAUGCGGCAACACGACACGAGGAACGGCAGAAUCGUCCUCCUCAGUGGCAGGCGAUCCUUCUGCAGCGUGUUCUCAGUGCUGCCGUAUCGGGACAGCGCCCAGGCCGGGGACUUGAAGGCGGACGGAGGGAGACAGUCAGCAGGUGCCGUGAGCCUGAAAGAGGUCAUUGGCCUGGAAGGCGUGGAGCUGGGCGCUGACGGGAAGACGGUGUCGUACACCCAGUUCCUGUGGCCCACAAACGCCUUGGGAGCCCGGAGGGGCACCAUCGACUCCACCUCCUCCUUCUCCCACUUCCGCACCCUGAGCCACCGCAGCCUCUCCAUAGGGCGGGCCAGCAGCACCCAGGGGAGCCUCGACACAGGCAGCGACCUGGGAGACUUUGUGGACUACGACCCGAACCUCCUGGACGACCCCCAGUGGCCUUGUGGGAAGCACAAGCGGGUCCUCAUCUUCCCCUCGUACAUGACCACAGUGAUCGCCUACGUGAAGCCCUCGGACCUCAAGAAGGACAUGAACGAGACCUUCAGGGAGAAGUUCCCGCACAUCAAGUUAACGCUCAGCAAAAUCAGGAGCCUGAAGCGCGAGAUGCGGAAGCUGGCGCAGGAGGACUGCGGCUUCGAGGAGCCCACGGUGGCCAUGGCCUUCGUCUACUUCGAGAAGCUCGCCCUCAAGGGGAAGCUGAACAAGCAGAACCGGAAGCUCUGCGCGGGGGCCUGCGUGCUGCUGGCGGCCAAGAUCGGCAGCGACCUCAGGAAGCACGAGGUCAAGCACCUGAUUGAUAAACUGGAAGAGAAGUUCCGGCUGAACAGACGAGAGUUGAUCGCCUUCGAGUUCCCAGUGUUGGUGGCCUUGGAAUUUGCCCUUCACCUGCCAGAGCACGAGGUCAUGCCCCAUUACAGACGCCUGGUCCAGAGCUCCUAGCGCAGGCCCGAGGGUGGGGGCCCUGACACACGCUUCCUGGUGCCGGCUGAGCUCCUAGCACAGGCCUGGGCGGCCUGACGCACACUUCCUGGUGCCGGCAGAGCUCCUAGCACAGGCCUGGGCGGCCUGACGCACACUUCCUGGUGCCGGCAGAGCUCCUAGCACAGGCCCAGGGGCCGGAGGCUUUCGCCAGCACAAGAGCCGCGCCGCUGCUGGAGCUCAGCACACAGGACUCCUCCCAACGCGCUUGUGCGGAGGCUGCCGGGGACCUUUCCAGGAGCCUGGUCUGCUGGCUGAGAGCCCCUGGGAGCUGUGACUACCCACCGGGGGAGGGGAGGCCUGGACCGAAGACACGGUGGCCCUCUGGGCUGUCCACCAGCAAGAGUUCUUACCCCUCCCCCCCCCAGUUCUCCUCCCGGGCACACACAGUCCUGCCGGCAGGUCCAGAACUCUCCAGACCCACGCCACGUCUGAGCGUCAACCCAGAGCAGAGCAGGGACAACAGCAUGGACACGUUGAGGGAAGCUUUACAAAGACGCCCUCCCGGUGUCAGAAGAGGGUGCCAGUAGGUCUCUGUACCAGUUGUUGGAGGGCUGUCCCCGGGGGCGUGUGCCCGCGUGAGUGUCAGUGUGUCUGAGAGAUGCUGCCUCAGCCCUGAGCCCUUAGCACAGACCUCGCCUGGGACCCCUCACCUGGGGACCCCUCACCUGGGGACCCCUCGCCUGAGGACCCCUCACCUGGGGACCCCUCGCCCAGGGCCAUGAGCCAGGCUGGCCUUGAUGGUGGUUUCUGGAGAACCUCUGAGUAGCCAUUGCUCUCUCAGUACCAGAUUGUCUGACAGCUGUGUCCCCAGAUAAAAACCUGGCUUCUGUCGCUUCCGCCCCCCACAGGACAAGAGCCAGUCCUCGUGUUGGGGUCCCGCGGGAAGGGUGCUGGCGGCUCCGCACCUUCCUGCAUCUGACCUCCGUGCAGGUGUUUACCCCGCCCUUGCCCAUGGGGCUGGCGGGGCAGCGCUCCGCAGUGGGCUCGGUGCUCUAUGUUAGAGUGCACGCUAGGCACUUUGUUGUGCUGUAUGUACCUACGUAACCGUGUUUUAUAAAAUCAGAACAAGGGUAAGACACGGCUCAUACCAGAGGCUUUUAGCCACUGGCACCAGCUGCCUCGGGCUGAGCCUGUGCCCGUUGGAGAGGCGGCGAACUCACCCCUGCGUGCGGGCUGUGCUGACGGCUGGGACUACCUGUACGUGACCAACCUGCAUUCACCGCCUGUAGUCACCACGCCUUCACCUUAAAGCCCAAGAGAAGCGCCCACCGAGGUCCGCCCCGCGGGAAGGCCUGUGGCCGUGUAAAGAGAAUUAAAGUAUUUUAUUGUUUCUA